AUGACCAUCAGCCUUAUGUUGAAGACCACGGCGGCGGUGAAUCGGAACACGGCAGGAAAGAGCAACUCAGUCCGUCUGAAACGACGAGGCCACGCAUCCGACGUUCGGAAGGGCAUGCCGAGGAAAUCUCUCACCGCACGAGCAGGAACGGGCGCACGCGAACUGCAUGGGUUCGCUGUCGAGCCGUGCAAGAGCGCCGGACGCGUGUACACCAACAAGUCUGUCCAUCCUUUGCCAGACUCGUUUCCUCCCCCAAACAACACGCUAUACCGCGACAUCAACCAACAAUCACUUUCCAACGGCCCCGCCAAGACCCCAAAGGAACCAACGUGUAGCGAAGACUUGCACGCAACGGGUUUGACUAUCGAAUACAAGACUGGUCUUGAUACUUUUCGCUUUCCCACGCCUUCUCCUCGACUUGAUUCUUCGACAUCGCCACGCUUGACUCCAGGAAUUCAACAAUCGCCACUACGCUCUCCGUAUAUUGGCAUGGCCAUGGGAUCACCAUCGCAUGCUCCUCCGAAUUGGGGAAGAUCAAACACCAGUGAUUGUGUACCAAGCGCGACGCAUCAACCAGCACCUACGCGACCAUCAAUGGAGCCUCGAACGCAGACAGAGCGCCCAACGAAACUGGUUGGCAAGCAGAAGAAAGGCUCCGGUUGGCGAUCUUUGGGAGGUCUCUUCCGCAAGACCACUUCGCAAGACCCAUCUCAUGUCGACGCGCAGACGGAACAGGGCAAGACCAGCCUCGAAGCAUUCCUCCACGGCGAGAGAUCCACACCGAGAGGACCAUUCUGCAUGGCGAUGCCGUCGGCUCAGAACACCUCGAGAAUAUCUCAUUCGCCACACUCCUCACGCUCGCGAGCAACACACUCACGGAACGACUCCCGAGGCGAUCAAAGGACCUCAGCACUGCCCGCUCCUCAAGCCAAAUUGAAGAAGAACCCUCGUCAACGAAGACCCUCGCAUGUCGAACGACGUAGCCCGAGGAAGGAAUUCGAGGAAGCCGUCAUGUCACGGCAGUAUAGCAGUCCCAUGAAGGAGUUUGAGGAAGCCAAAGUGAGACAAAUGAUCCGCCAUGAUUCUCCCUUUGACACUCAUCGCGCGCCCGUGGAGGAGCCUACCCCAACCGUACGUGCGCCCAAAUUAGACUGCGACAUCCCACGGCCGGAAAUGGACCGCUACAGCGUGAUGUUCUCUCAACUCCUGGACAUGCAACGCAAGCCAUCACUCCUGGAGAGGCGACAAAGCAGAAUGAGCCGACUUAUGCAAGUUGGCCACACUCCCGAGCAGAACGACAGCUACUUCCAAUCCCCUCCUCCACGCAGCUCAACUCCCCCACCACCAAUGCCACGCCCCAUGUCCAUCAAUGUUGAACGACGAACGCGAGCCAGCACCAACACCGCCCCCGCCCGGCGUCCCCCACAAGAACUCCUCCUCCCACGAACCUACACCGCCCCACCACCCCUCCGCCCCGCCCCCGCUCCCGUCUCCCUCACCACCUCCCCCUCUUCCGCUCUCUACUCCGAACCCUCCCUCCCCCCGACCCCCACCACAGCAACAACCUGCACCACAACCCUCGACUUCCCCACCCUCGUCUCCCGCGACGUCGAAGGCGAACACACCUGGCUCUCCCCCAAAGGGUCCUCCCUCCCCCCCACAACAUCCACCUCCUCCAUCGGCGUCAGCACCGUCAGCGGCAUAUCCACCCCGCUCUCCAUCGGCCGCACUUCCCCCACGGAUACUCUCACCUCCCGCCCGACGUAUCCACGAAUCAAAUCCCCCGCGGAUUUAGAGCGGCAAAUCGUGCAGGUUAGUGUAGCGAGGCAGUUGGUGCAAAGCCCCAGUCGGCUAGGAGCGGAGAGGAUGGAAAGGGACGGGAGGCAUGUGUACCGCGAGUGUGGGAGUGAGCAGACUGAUAAAGACGACGACGGCGAAGACAUUCACGAUGAGCUUCGUGUUGGCGAAAAGAUUCAUGGUUCGAUUGGUCGAGGUGUUUGUGUUUUCUGGGCUGUGGCCACCGGAUACGUUGGGCUCUGCUUGGAUCAAGGCCCUUAA